AUGUUUGUUCAUUCACAAUUUAUUAUUCGACGUCACACGUACUAUAUAGGUAAGACUCUAAUCUUAAUAACUAUAUCAAACUUCUAUGACUCCGAAAACAUCGACACCAUCAUCGAGGAGGUGCUGGAAGACCUCAUCACUGCAGUAGUGUCGGAUUCCAGCGUCCUCCAAAUCGAGACGACCGUCCAGUCGGUGCUCCAGGAUAUCGUAGCCAUGGAAUUUGGCUACAGAGGUCAGAGACCAUCUUCAACUGGACACUGA